CCGCAAACCGCUAACUACCCCUCACAAACGGUCCUACCCAACUAGCCUUGUACAACCAGGUACCUAGGUCGUUAGUUCAGCCUCAAUCCCCACAUGAUGCAACAACACUUUAUCCAGAACACGAGUUCUUAGUACGUCUGGUAAGCUAUCGGUAGGUGCAUGGAAAUGGCAAUACGAUGUUACAUCAAUAUUUAUCGUGCUUUAUGAACGUUGCCUUGCUGUAGUGAGGGGUGUGUUACACUUGAUAAAUAGAAGGCUUGAGAACUAAAUCCGUUAUUUUCGAUUUCUUCGUGCACUGCAAAAAUCCCCAAUAUGGCUCGCUUGACUCAAUUCUUCGCUGUUGCAGCUGUCUUGCUGAGACAGAUUGUCUCUGCAGAUGAGACGAUAACUACAAGUCAGUCCUGUUCCAGUUUUUCUACCACCCAAUUCUCACCCUCAAUUCUCAAUUCUCACCUCCAAACUAACAAUGCUGUCAAGCAACCUCCACCCCCCUCCCAACUCCAACAAAUUCGUAUAGCCAACACUGCCCAAUCCCCAGCACCCUAACGAUAACCUCCUACAUCGGUAUCACAAACCUCACCACCGUACCCGCGACCCCCUUGAACGUCACUUUCCGCGUAAGCUACGGUUCCAGCGAUUCCCAAAUCGCCUCUCUAUACGGGAACAACGAUUUUCACUGUCCGCGACUAGAUAUAGGUACUGCCACAACUUGGAGCCCCUACAAUGGACAAUGGGAUCUGUUGUGUGAUUAUAACGGAUUGGUUAGGGUGUUUACUGAUGGGGAGGGGAAUUUUGGGGAAUGGGGGGUAAGGAGAUGGUAUUUCUGUGAGGAUGCUCCGGCGUAUGUCCUCUGUUCCUAUCCCUCAAGUUCCCCCUCUUCAUAGCUGAUUGACUAACGUUCUUCCCUCGCCAUGUAGAAGAGGAAAGUACAAGUACUACACUGUAGAGAAUACAGCCUCGAACUUUACCAUCGCCGACUCUCUCGAUUGCACCGUUUCAUCGGAUGGGAUCAAGACAUGUACACAGACUGAACCUGCUACCUUCCCAGUACAAGGCUAUGCCCUCGGAGGGACCAUGGGAUAUUCGACUAUGGACGAGCAGGGGAGAUGGGUGACGGGGUGUGAGAGUCGAGGUCCGGGGAAGAAUCCUAUGGUAUUAGAGGAGGAGGGAUGUGUCUGGGCUGCCGGGAGUGUGCCAUGA